AAUCCUAUUUAUAAGUAUGGCACACGAACUCCACACUUCCCAGUGGGCGUAUUAUGAGUAUUGUUUCCUGUUAGGAUGGACUUUGAAACGAAUGUGACCUUAAUGUAAAGAUAAUCUUGAUAUCAGAGCUGCCGGUCUUGUCUUGUCUCUCCCGCCUGCUAAGAGGCGGUGCUGAGGUGGCAGAGAUUAUUCAUAUUCAAGUGUCUUUCUUUUAAACGCCCUCAUAUUUGGUCAUUAAGCCACACCUUUGGGAACUUACGCAAGAAAGCUGCUUGAGGUGAUGGCAACCCACUCCCUGGCCCCCUCAAGCAGUCUUCAUGCGGAGCGUGGACUGCACGGUGCUCCGACGCCGCACCUCGGCAUCUUAACACGGGGGACCAGCGAAAGAAAUAAGUCUUCGUGAGGACACAAAUGUGUUGUUUUUUUUUUAAAUUAUGCGAACAUUUCCUAAUUUCAAUACGUUUUUCAUGGCUAUGAUGCGUCUUGGCACCGCACUAGCAUUUAUUGCCGUCGUGGUGUCUCCAAUGCUGCUGGACGGUAAAACAACAUGUCAGAUAAGAAAUCAAAGUGAUUAUGUAGAGGGGAAGAGCCCUGUGAAACUGACCACAAAGGUGCUUCAAGGAGAGUGUUACUCUGAGUGUGUCACUGUCCAUGUCUGGAUAAAGGCUGAAGACUUCAAUAAGACCCCGAAGAUUGAAAUUCAGUCACAAAGUAUUGAGAUUAUAAUGCCUACAAGGAAAAGAGAAAAAAAGUCUAACAAAAAUCAAGUCAGAUGUAAGGGGAACGCCUCAAAGCUGUUGCAACAUAGCAAUACUACUUUUGCCCUGUGGGAGCUGGUACACGACUGUAUCAGCACUUCUGCAAGAAGUACAGUCACUGUGUCUUACAACACAACAUCCGAGAGCUACAGUGUCAAUUACACAGUGCCAGAUUCUACAAGUAUCCGAACUCUACUGGAGGGAGCAAACACUGCUUUUCCAAAAGAUCCCAUGCCAGACUUUCAACUGUCUGUGAAUCAGUUGUCUAAAUCCAUCAAUGUAACUGUGGAACCUGGAGACAAAAAAGUGAACACCAGAUGGUGUUACAAAACACAUAUAUGUAUCGGGCAUGGCGCACUUAUUACUAUUGAUCCGACUCAAUCUCGAUCAGCUCUUCUUAACAUCCCUCAUCUUCUGCCCUGUCUGUGCGUGCAGUCAUAUUACACUCACACAGAUGCCCGGCGACGUACAAAGUGCCCAUUUACAAAUGGAAGCUUCACAGAUGUCCAAGAUGUUUGGAACUCCUCUGACAUCACACGGUACGAGUCAAGUUUUACUUGGCACACAAAGUGUCUAGCCAGCGACCUGGAUAUCUCUGCCUCCCUCUGCUGGAAACAAUACGAACACCUCUGCACACCUGUACUCAACUCCACGCUGGAGGGGAAGGACAAUGGUGGAUCAACCAUGACAUAUGACACAUCUGCAGUGGACAAACACCCUCAGAUGUGUGUGCAGUUUUCUCUAAAAGGCAGUCAUCACAUCGAGUGCCCCUUCGAGGCUGAUAUGUCUUCAUGGGAGGUUUACAUUGAACUGGGUCAGUGGAGCGUGUUUGUGUAUCUCACAUCUUCUGUCCCAGCAACAUUCUCAGCUCAACUCUGUGUUCUUAAUGACAGGGGAUGUACACCCACAGCUCAGGUCCACUCAGUAAGAAUGGAAGGGAAUACUACUGACAAGACAAGACUAAAUGUGGCUCUUCACUCUACUCCAGAGAAUCCAUGUGUGCAGGUGUGGCAGUCAGAUCCUGCACGUCAUGGAGCAAGAAUUCUGUGCCCAGAUUACAAGCACAACAGAUAUGGCAUAUAUGCAGUUGCAGCUUUGACCUUUGUGGUUUUUGUUGCAUUACUUGGAAUUUUCAUCCACCGUCUUACUAAGAAUGGAGCUGCAGGUUGGCUGUAUAUCCAGAAGCCUGUGUUGCUGGUGGGCUCAUCAGAGCAGUCGGAACAUGUCUCUGCUGUGUGCGCACUGGCCUCCAUCCUGCAGGGAGAGCUCAGUGCCACAGUGCACAUGGCGCUUUGUGCCCAAAGCUCACAAAGGCAGGCUGGAGCCAGGACUGGAGUGGCAGAUCUGGGCCCACUUCCCUGGCUUUAUGGGCAGUGGGAGGCCAUGCGUAAAGCACAAGGAAAAGUGUUGAUUAUCUGGAGUCCUGAAGCCAAGAAGACCUAUGAGAAGUGGAGGGAGGAGAGGGCAAACAUGGAUAAGAAUGAGAGAACGAUGGAAGAUGACAGCAAAACAAAAAUAAGAGAAGAAGUGGAAGAGGAUUCGAAACUGAAUGGAAGAAGACUGGGAAAAUGCAAAAAAGGAAAAAAAGAUUGUGUUCAAUUAUGUGAUGAUGAUGAAGACCAGUACACUCAGAACAAACCCUCUACAGUGAUUACGCCAGUGUUUACAGCAGCUCUGGCCUGCCUGGAGGGGGCGCUUCAGGAGUGCAAAGAUCAAGGAGUUGCCCUUGUCUACUUCCAUGGCCUUGGUCACAGCAGGGACAUCCCAAAGGCCUUCAGAGGUGUCCCUCGGUACUGCUUACCUCAGGAUUUCAGGGGUUUAUUACAAGAGCUGGGAGGGGUGAGAAGACAGACAAAAACUGGUGAGUUAAGGUGGCACUGUUGGCCUAGACUCCUGUCGAAAGUGCUGUCAGUCUUGCUGGCACGGCAGCUAGCCCACAGACUCCAGGCAUUGCUGCCUCAGGUGCAAGGAAAGAAAAUGCAAGGGCUGAGUGUCAUACAGUCACAGAAAAUGAUGUCAGAAAACACACAGUGCAGGCUCAAGUUUCCUCUGGCAGCCAAACUGGCAAAGCCAGAAACUAUACAAGAGCAUGAGCCUCUCCACGGGUCACCAGGGAGAGAAGAACAACUUUAAUCUCAAAUUUCACGUGUCUGACGAGGACAGACUUUUGUUCUCCUGGAAACACGAUACAUGAGACAUGAGAACUGGUGCUCUACUGUGAGCACCUCAGAGCCAAUAACUCAGUAAGAACUAUUCAUUACUUGACACGAUCAUGUCAAAAAUGCCGCUGCUCAUUUUGCAUAUUAAUAAAGUAAAUACUCCGUCCUGUCUGCUGCAUUUAUCUGCCAACAGAGGCUCUUUAUGCUGCUUUCGUGACUGAAGCCACAGCGAACACCUGCCUUAUCUCUGUAAAUAUGCUAACUGCCAUGAAAAUAUAGUUGCAAAUGAUGCCUCACUUUCUUCAUGAGAGCAUUUAAUGUUGGAAGGUGUUGUAACAGCACAGGGGACAAGCUGUCUGACUGUUGUUUACAGGAACUCACAAAUUUGCAUAGGAUUUUGAUGUUGAGCCAAAAGUUGAGGCCAUCCAAGGAUUUCCAGUGUUAAAGUGAAAUGAUGAAAUGACUGAUGAAUGAAAUGUUUCAUUUAUGAAUGAUAAUUUCACCUCAGCUUUUCACAUGUUCAUCCAUCAGUAAAUAUACUACCUCUUAUAUUCAAAAGCAAUUUAUAAAUCAAUCAGUGUUAUUUUUUUCCCCCCUCAGGCAUACUGCACAUCUUAAUUUAGCAAAUGUACCUGAGCGGUAGCUGUAUCAUAGUAAAAAUAUGUCUUAGCUGAAGGUAUUUACAAGACAGAGAACAAGAGAGCCAGUAUUAUUCAAAUAUUGUCAACGGCAAAUAUGGAGGUUCAAAAUCUCAGAGCCGAAAAGCAAGAAAAUGAUGAUUGGGUACUUUCCCUUAUCUUAUUAUAUUGCACGAAUCCCAUGUAACGGUUGAUGUUAUGCAAAGCAACUUUAAACUGGAGCCGGACACAAAUUUGACGACUUUGAAGAAUAUGUUAAGUGUCUGAACUGUCUCCAGACUUGAUGUUUCAUGUUUUAGUUAAUGAACAGUAUUGCAAUACUGGCAGAACACUGUUGGCAUUAUGAUAUAUGUGCUUAAAGUAAAUAAU